UCAUUUGGAAGAAAAAUGCCUGAGUUAUUGGCUUUUUAUCGGAUCUAGAUCAAUAUUCAUGGACUGAUGCGGCCAUGGCAAGUCUCGGUGCCAGCUUUAUCGAUACACGCCGGCGACAUCUGAAGGAUAUAAAGUGAAAGAUAUAUUAUAACUAAGUUGAUCUGAUCUCGGCAGACUCCAUCUGUGCGCAUGCGAGAUAACAGUUCUGCGCUCUGGAUAUGCUGAUGUCAACUGAUAUAGGCUGAGUAUCUGUUCAAGAUAAUGUGAUUUUGUCUUUCCAUAGACAUUUUUCUGUGACACUAUCAUCGGCAAGUCUAAAACGGGGACUAAUUUGUACCAUUUGGUUUGUAACGUGUUUUUAAACGGCACAUUUGAUGGUUAAUGAACGGAUAUCUUCAUCUACAAUCAGCUGACCACCUCUGAAUUCACUGCAUUAGAAGAGAUAUCCUGGAGUUUCCCUUCAUUUGCUUAAACAAAAGCAGACUCGGACCCCAGAUAUUUACUCUUGUGUUAAAGGAGCCUAUAAGGAUCGUGGUUAAAGAGUAACGGCAUCUUGGAGAUGUCAGGCCGGCCUAGGACCACCUCAUUUGCGGAGAGCUGCAAGCCAGUGCCGCAGCCUUCAGCCUUUGGCAACAUGAAAGUCAGCAGAGAUAAAGAUGGCAGUAAAGUUACAACAGUGGCCGUGACCCCCGGUCAGGGACCCGACCGACCUCAGGAGGUCAGCUACACGGACACAAAGGUCAUCGGGAACGGCUCGUUUGGGGUCGUAUAUCAAGCGAAGCUGUGCAACACUGGUGAGCUGGUGGCCAUAAAGAAGGUGCUGCAGGAUAAAAGGUUUAAGAAUCGUGAGUUACAGAUCAUGAGGAAGUUGGAUCACUGUAACAUUGUCCGUCUGCGCUACUUCUUCUACUCCAGCGGAGACAAAAAGGAUGAGGUGUAUCUGAAUUUGGUGAUGGACUAUGUGCCUGAGAACGUGUACCGAGUGUCCAGACACUACAGCAGAGCCAAGCAGAAUCUGCCUAUGGUCUAUGUGAAGCUAUAUAUGUACCAGCUGUUCCGCAGCUUGGCGUACAUCCACUCGUAUGGGAUCUGCCAUCGAGAUAUCAAGCCACAGAACCUCCUGCUCGACCCAGAGACAGCUGUACUCAAACUCUGUGACUUUGGAAGUGCUAAGCAGCUGGCGCGUGGUGAGGCUAAUGUUUCCUACAUCUGCUCGCGCUACUACAGAGCCCCUGAGCUCAUUUUCGGAGCCACGGACUACACUUCCAGCAUAGACAUUUGGUCGGCUGGCUGUGUACUGGCCGAGCUGCUGCUUGGACAGCCGAUUUUUCCUGGUGACAGUGGCGUAGAUCAGCUUGUUGAAAUCAUCAAGGUAAGCGUGUGUGUGUGUGUGUGCGUUUUCAUAAAUAAUCUUAACAUUUUGAUUGCUUCAACUCUUGUUAAUGCUGACGUGUCUCAUAAUGCACUUUUCUAGAGUUUGAGCAUUGUGAAAUGCAGUUAUAGUUUCUUUUUUUCUGUGGAGCUCUCCUAGUUUACAGCCGAAUCCUCAGAGCAAUUAAAAAAAAAAAAAAAGUCUUACUUCCUAUAAGUUAAGCCUUGUUCAGACCAAGAAUAUAUAUA